GCGGAGAAGGAGCGUUUAACUAGGAAAGAAGGAGCUAGUAAGAUUAUUCAGAAAUAUGGGAAGAUUACUAUAGAGCAAGGAAGAAAGGAUAUUAAGGCAGAUAAUAAGAAUAAAGCUCGGGUGGUUAAUAUGAGGCAUGCUAGGCUAAGUAAGCCUUGGAGAAAUAAGUACAAAAAAAUAAUGCGAAGGUUUGAAGCUAAUUACUGGGACGUAAUUAAUUAG